AUGCAGUGGGACGCCACUUGGCAUGGUGGGGUUGGGUGUGGCGCGUGGGGAAUUACAGAGACGGCAGCGCGGGUGGGGGGGGGGGAUCGAGAUGUCAGAGUCGCGAUCAGGAGAAUAGGUCCUGCGCGGUCAUCCGCUCCGAGACGUCUGGCCCUGGCCCCGUCUCAUUUUUGCCCCUGGUGUUGGGUCCAUGACUCAGCUCGCCUGGUAUGCCGUGUUGUAGCGCAUUUUUAAUCGUUUAAAUAUCAUUGGUGCGCCACUGCCAACAGUGGACGAAGCAUGA